CACAAAAAGAAAAGAAAAACUUAGCCCUAAGCCGAAACCCCAUUCAAACAUUCGUUCAAUCUUCCGAAUCCCGCCUAAAAAACUCACCAGAAAUCUUUCUUCCUGGGGCGAAGCAUCAGGGUGCUCUGAAACUCUAAGCAAUUCUUUAUUGGGCCGACUGCCCGGAGGGCCGGAAAGGAGGGAGCCCUUUCAUGAUUAAGUUCAGAAUUUUACAUUCGAGAAGAAAUUGAGGAUUUUCUCGAUUUGGAGUUUGAUUAAACCUAAUCUUCAAUCUUCUUCGACUUCAAUCCAAUCUCUGUUCAAAGUUACUCAAUUUUUAACAUUGAUUUCUUUCCAAGGAUAUAUUCCUUGAUUAAACGUACCAGCACCAUCACCACCUCCACAACCAAAAGUAGCUCUGCCAGCACCAUCAUCAAAUACAAUAAUUCAUCUCUACCCUAAUCAUUACUCAUCACUUACCAACACCAUAACCAGGGUACAGAAUUGCAGCUUGGAUUGGCAGUUGAAAGCAUUAAAGCUACUUUGUCAGUGAAGAGGAGGCUGGCAUGUGAACAGCUAGCUUAUUAUGCUCAGGUGUGUCUUAGUAUCUACAUACAUUGACGACCCUUCGUGCGUUUUAUGUCAGUUUGAGGCUGUUGUGUCUAUAUUUGGCUAGAAUUUGGUGGAAGUGCAAUAGAGGAAGCAAAAGGCAGGGAUUCGAAGUAGCAGCAGGAAAGAAAAGAUCCGAUUCUGGACUAUAUACUAUUUGGUAAAUGUCAUUCUGAUGUCACUAGAAGUGGUGUUUCGUUUUUCUUCGGUCUUCCCUCCCCACCGUGGCUGUGGUGUUCUAGUAUCCUAACCCCAUAGUAUAGGUGAAUUUUAGGUUGUUUUCUUUAUUCGUUGGAUUCACUUGUUCUGCUAAUUUCUCAAGGAAAAUGGAGAAUCUUUACUCCAAACUCUACGAUAAGUACAACAAACUAAAGACAAGAAAGGAUUCUGAAAUCGAUCGUUAUAAUCAUGACCAAGAAGUUAAAUUCACUGGUUACAUGGCUGCUGUUGAGGAGUUGGUAAAUUGCCUGAGAAGUGAAAAUGAUAGGCUUGUUACUAAGAAUCAAGACUUAAGGAAUGAAUUAGCUUCAGUUAGAGCCGAUAGAUCUGACAAGGAAGAAUUAUGCGUCCAGUACGAAAAGCUUUUAACUGAAGAAGCCAGAAAGGGAAAAGAGCUUUCUGAAGAGGUAGAGAAGCUACGCAAUCUGCAGCAAGAAGGGCUCUCCUGCAGUGCCAGGGGUCGGUACAAUGAAAAUGGGCAAAUGGAAUCCCCUAGAGGUACUUAUCUUGAGUCAAUACAUCUAUCCAGCGUCAACAAUAGGAAAAGGCUUUCUACAGAUGAAGAUACAGACUCAGACAGCAGAGGGAAGCUUCCUGUGGUAAUAGAAACAGAAAGAGAUUCACAUAGGGGCUUACGUUCUGACAAUGAUCAAAGCAUUCAGAAGGAAAGUUGCUGCGGGAAAAUCAUCAGUUCAGGGGGUUCAAUCAAUGCAAAUUGCGUGUUUCACACCCUAUUGGAAUUUCUAAUUGGCAUGAAAUUUGAAUUUGUUACUAGAAGAGAUUUUUCUCAAUCACGUGGUUCGUCAGACCAGGUUAUGUUUUAUGUUUCUCUGCUAUGCAAGAUGUAUAUUACAAGUAAAUGCAAAUACACUAUGACCGUCAGUGUAGAUAUACACAAAGCUACUGAUAAUUGGUAAGUAGUCUGCUAAGGUUGCAGGAAGCUAAUGCGAGUCUGUUCUUAUCCUAUUCACAUGCUGGUGUAGUACCAAAUGGCUCCAGUGUCUACACCACCUAAUAGGAUGAUGCUUCUUUUUUACAUCACAUCUUCUCAAUAAAUCUAUGAUUCACGAUUUAGUUCUUUUCUAGUACUAAUUUCAUGCUUAUAUUACAUUUUCUCUAUAGAAACAAUGAUUCUCGAUUUGGUUCUCUUCUUGUACUAACAUGCUUACAUUAUCCUUUAAGCCAAAUUGACAUCUCAGUGUUGUGAUCAUAGUGUAUCUUUUGUUAGUUGCAACUUUGUUUUCAGUUGUAUCAAGGAAAUAAUUAGUGUAAGGGAGAAUCUAGAGCAACCACGGAAGAGUGGUUUUAACAGCUUCCAGGUUGUCAUAUGGGAUUCCGAACACCCCUUUGGGAGGAUGGAUACCAGAAGAUAAUAGCCUGGAUCAAAAGCGGUUCUGCUAAACCACAUUAUUUUUUUGAUUGACCUAGCCCUCGUUAUACAACAUAUAUCUGUGUUAUAUCUCCUUUCUUUCUGGUGGACUUUUUUUGAUAUACACUUCUGUGGAUUGCAGGGUAUUCAUUCACUUUAACGUGGCUUACUAAAGCAUCUGAGAAUGAACCUCUGGAGCUACUGUACCAUGUGCUAUCUUUAGGGACUUUUGAAAGGAUUGCACCAGAGUGGAUGAGGGAGGACUUAAUUUUUAGCUCAAGU